CGUUGACGUUUGUACUUAUCUGUCCACCUUAAUUAACUUCCUUUAAGAUAAUAUCACAAUGGAGCUGAGCAUGGUUGCCUACGAAUGUAUUUGGAUCGACACCUUUGGCCAACGAACCGAUUGCAAGUGGUGCGAUUGAGAAAGACGAUAGAUAGUAUCAUAGCACUUAGCAUAGUAUUUUCUGGGAUACAUUCCCAUCCGGUCUCAACUCUCGUUCUCGCCGUCACCAGUCUGGAACCAGCUCCUGGCCAUCCUCACUUUUUCGUGCUCUUCGGCAUCUUCACCCUCUUCGCUUGAUGACUACGAAUUAACUAGUAGUCCAUAGCCGUCUGUACGUUCCAUGACUUCUCGUCACCCCUCUUGAACUUUUCAUCCUCGGCGUCAAUAAAUUCAUCUUC